UCCGUUAGCACAGCCCUUAGAUGUUCUCCCUCACAGAGAGGAGCAGGAGGAGACAGACGCCGCCGGCUGGGCCGCCAUGCAUUCCGUCGGCAGGUCGUGGCUGCUGCUCACCGGGUUCAUCCUCUUCUACAUCAUCUACCUGCUGUUCGGAGCGCUGGCGUUCUCCAGCAUCGAGCGGCCGAUGGAGGACAAACUGCGCCACGACAUAGAGAGGCUGAAAGAAGAGUUUCUGAACCAGAGCUGCGUCAGCGCCGCUUCCCUCGAACUGUUCCUGAACAAAGUUUUGACGGCCAACAAGUACGGCGUUUCUGUGCUCCACAACUCCUCAGCGAGGUCCAACUGGGACCUGGCCUCCUCCAUGUUCUUCGCAAACACUCUGGUCACGACUGUGGGCUAUGGUCACCCCACUCCUCUAUCUGAUGCUGGGAAAGCCUUCUCCAUCGUCUAUGCUCUGAUAGGAGUUCCCUUCACCAUGCUGGUGCUCACCGCCUGUGUGCAGAGGUGCAUGCAACCUUUGGUCCUCGCUCCCGUCAACCUCCUGCAGCGCUCGGGCUUGAAGCCCCGCCCAGCUACCGUCUUGCAUUUCAUCCUUCUCCUGAUCGUAGUGGUUCUGUGCUUCUUCUUGGCGCCUGCAGCUGUUUUCAACGUGGUGGAGGCGUCAUGGUCGUUUUUAGAUGGCGUCUACUUCUGCUUCAUCUCCCUGUGCACCAUCGGACUCGGGGAUUUCGUUCCAGCCGCCCAACCUGGGCAGCAGUACAGAGCGCUGUACCAGCUUGCUGUCAUGGUUUACCUAUUUGUGGGUCUGAUGAUGAUGUACCUCCUACUGCGGACCUUCCACAAGAUGGCCGACGUGCACGGCCUGACCACCCUCCUCCAGCUGCCGCGCUGCGAGGAGUCCGUCCUGGAAGAGGACACGGAGCCCAUCGUCAACAACGGCCCAUCUCCUCGUCUAAAAGACAAGCCAGCCUCCAAACCUCUGGAUCCGGGAUCCCAGCCGUCAUACAACUCCAUCAACAAAGGCUGAGCCAACGCAGGAAGGAGCGAGAAAGCGUUCACCUCUAGAGAUCUUUCAGGAUCGAUGGGCUGUACCUGAAAUCUCUUAAUUUGUCAUAAAGCACAAAAAAAACGCAAGGGAUUAAAGAAUUGAGGUGAGGCUUAAGAUUCUGCCUUUGUUGGAGGAUAUGAAGUUUUCAAGCUGAACUCUGAACAGAAAAACUCUGCAGAAGGCUGCACCGGUUAAAAUGCACAGAAUGUUGUUUUUACCUCAACACUGACAUGAAUCUGGUUUGUUUACGGUCUUUAAAACAGAAACACGGGGGGUUUAGUCAACAGUUUUUUGUUUGUUUUUUUAAUCUCUUUGGUCUAUUGUGCAUUAUCCUUAUUGUUUGGGCCACAGGUUUCUAAUACUCAAUGUUUUUUUUUUUUAACAGAAUAGCAGUUUGCUGACCACAUAGAUUCUCUCAUUGCCAGUAGUUGUCAUCCUUUGGCUUUUGAAGUUUUUGAAUAAAUGUCAAAGCCCUGACUCUAAGGUUGGGGAAAUAACUGUUACUGGAUCACAUUUCCUGACAAAUCGGUUCUUUGGAAGAGUGCAUAAAACCCCAGGAGGGCACUGUUGGUGUCUGGUCGUUUGCUGCCCUCUAGUGGCUUAAAAUGAUAAUGGAUGUGUAGUGUAUAUAUCCUCUAACAAUGGGCCACACGGUUUCAUUAUAGUAAAUUUUAAAUUGAGUGUUGGUCAUAAGACUUAAUAGUAGAUGUCAAACACAGCCUUGACUGGACCUGUGAGAUUCAAUUAGGAGGAAUACUUGAAAUAAACUAAUUGGGAAAGGUUAUAGUUGUAGGGUGGAAAUUAUGACCAUGUUGCUUUGUGUGUGUUUGUGCUGUACUUUGUAACAAUAAUUUCAUUUGAUUGUCUUGCUUAAAUAAAAGUUUUUGCUUGUGAAGUUGC